AUGGAUGGGGAUGACUUUGAGGAUGGUUUUUUGUUAACAGAAAAAUUCGGCCAAUUGAUGGAAAUUAACGAUGAAUUUAAUUCCAACGUCGACGCCAACAGCGAGGUGAAGGUCGACGUGAAGAUUCGCUAUCCAACAAGAAAACCGUUCAUGCGCUACAUGGAGAAGUUGGUUGCGCCGAAGUCGACCAAUGACAAACCAAUGCUUCGGAAGAGACCAGCUCCAGCUUACCUCGUGGAGUCCUGGCCCACGAGCAAUGCCUUCACGAUGAUUAAAAAGGAGAGAAUUAAGGAGUUGAGGCGUCAGGCGAACGACCGCCGACAAGCCGAGCUUGCGCGGUGUUUGCAACCCGGCUGUGUUGCCCAGAAGGUCCCUCGCGAACUGCGCCAACGUUUUACCGCGCACAACAACCUCAAGGAGUUGAUUUACGAGGAGAAUAUCAAAGAAAUCCACCAACACGGGCGGUUAUUCGGUCCCGCUGAACUGACCCUGCAACCCAGGAACAAGCACAACGUGCCGCUCUUGGAACAGGGCAAAACCGAUCUAGACGCGACCAAGGAGGCCAGAGAUCAAGGCGCUGAGAAGACAGGCCUGUCGUCGGGCGACAGUGGAACUAGUAAACACAGCGAUUCGUACUCAGUAGAGUCCUCACAAAAAGAUAGCUAUUUUGAAGAGCCCUCGCCUCACGAGGACAAGCAAGUAAGGCCGUCAUUCAGCAGUUCCAUCGCGGCUGGAGCUGCUGGUGUCAUCGCGUCCAGUUCAUCUGCUGGCGGCCCUCGUUCCGUCGAAGCGCCGCGUGAGAACUUUGACCAGACCAACGCUUUCCUUAGUGACCGUCGGCAGAUCUGCUUGGUCAAUUUGGCGAUUCGUACCAAGGAGGGUGAGAUAGCUCGAUUGAAUAAGAUGCUGAAGGAUGAAGCUGCAUUUCUGGCGAAAGAGGAGAAGGAACUGCUGAUACGCCACGAUGAACACGACAAGUACCUGAAGUCGAUUUGUCUGAGGACGGCUGAGGCGAUAAAGAAGGCCGACACGGAGACGCAUAAGCGAACCCAAAUCACGGACAAGAUCAAACGAACUCGCUACAAACUCGCCCACAUGAACGCUGAAUGCAUUAAGCUAGAGGAGGAGUUCAUCCGAUUGAGCACGUACAAGGACUUUCUUGACUCUGUGGCUAAAACCAUCGAGGAGAGCAGAGCGGCGGAUCAGCGACUGCUCGACAUCCUCCAAGAACAGGUGCACAAGCUGUAUACGAAAAUCUUCGGCACAGAUGGUGGAACACGUCUUGACACCCUCAUGAUGCUAAAGAUACUUGAGUCUACAAUUGACGACUUGUCCAAGAGCCUAGCCAAAUACAGUCGACUUCAGGUGUUGAAAGCGAAGAAAACUGUGGAUGAACAGAACCGCUUCAUCGCUCGCCAACGUCAGAAGGAGCUGGAGGCUCUGGCACACGAUGCUAAGCUCAAGAGAGCCAUUGAAAGCUCCAAAGAACCACCGAGGUGGCAUCGUGGAAGACGCGUAAUUACUAGAUCAAAUCCACCUGAGGUGGACUUCCAGAUGGGGGCUGUGACGCAGGUGGAGACGCUGGUUGUGGAAGACUCGGACGCCGACUUGUUCAAGUACUGA